GGCGGGUGCAGGGGGCGGCAAACCCCGACCUCUCCCGUCUCCGCUGCCGUUCAACAUCGCAAUCAGCCGCAAAUGCACAGCGAUACGAGGCGGGUGGACCCUGAGGUGGAAGGUGUUGGCUGUUUGCAGGACUGACCACAAGUCUCUGGGAGGAACCCUGGACCACGGGAAAGAGUCCCUCUCCUCGGCCGCCGCAGCCUCUGUGGGGAAGAUGCACCAUGGACCCGCUGUCAGCAGCAGAGAGCCUGAGCCGCGGGGGACUGACUGAGCGCUGCCUGGCGUUGCUGCCUCUCAUCCUGUCCGCUCACAUCUGGAUGGGCAUUUGCAGCGCAGAUCUGACAUUUGGCCUUGGCUCUGAGAAUUCCUGCAUCGAUCCUGGGACCCCCGAGCAUGGCUCCCGUACCCCCUCCGCGGGGCGGUUCCUUGAGCAUGCCGUGGUGAGCUUCAGCUGCAGAGAGGGGUACAAGCUGCGAGGGGCUUCGAAGGCAGAGUGCGAGAGACAGGAGGACGGGGGCCUGGGCUGGGAGCCGAGCUACAGGCCCGUCUGCCUCUCUGAACUACCCGUGUGCCCACGACCGCAUGUGGAGGACGCUGAUGUGUAUAACGACACCUACCUGCCCGGGGACCAGCUGGCCAUCUCCUGCCACCGCGGCUUCCAAAUCCGAUACCCGGACAUGGACAAUGUGGACUCAGUGUGCCAGGAGGAUGGAGCCUGGGACAACCUACCCACCUGCCAAGGCUGUUUGAGGCCCACGGUGUUUGCUCACAGUUACAUCAAUGUGUCGGACUGGGUGACCUCACUAGCAGUGGGCUCAUUUCUACGUUACCAGUGCUAUCCUGGCUAUAAACUACAAGGCCCCGAACUCCUCGAGUGCAUGUACCACCUGCUGUGGUCACAGAGCCCUCCCCGCUGCUUGGAUGUGGAAGCCUGCCCACUGCCUCUGAUACCCGACCACGGGGACUACGCGUGCCACCCCUACCCUUGUGAUGGUUAUAUCCACGGCACGGUGCUGGAGUUUUACUGUGACCCCGGCUACAUGCUGGCCAGUGACUACAAGUACAUCACCUGUCAGUAUGGGGAGUGGUUCCCAACGGGCCAGGUCUUCUGUGAGUCUUCAGAUCGGAACUGGGAAGGGGCCGAGCGGAGUGUCCUGUCCACCUGGAAGAUCGUGGCUUUCACGGCCAUCAGUGUCCUCCUGGCUUUGCUGCUACUGGUCUCCGUCAGGGCUUUUCACAUCAAGCUGAAGCCACCGUGUCAAUCCAGCAAUGAUUCCGAAGUUCCGGCUCCUCGGAAUUUUGUGGUGGUUGACGGAGUUCCGGUCAUGCUGCCCACGUACGAGGAGGCAGUGAGCACCCCACUGGAUAGCGGGACGGCCCCAGUUGCUCCAGCCCCCAGUGGGAGCCAGCCAGAGCAGGGGGCUGCCUCGCCGGACACCAGGAGCCCCCCGGCUUACCCCGGGCAUGGGCUGGAACCCGACCGGGUCCCCCGACCAGACGCCCUGGACUGCUCAGGCAGCGGAGGGGUCGACCCAGAGCUGGACAGCUCAUCAGCUGCCUCAUCCUUUGGGACCCCAGCCACCCACCCGCUGACAGAGAACAACAGCAUCCCGGAGACAGAGAACACGGUGUCAACCUCGCCGAGCAUCAACAUCCCAGACGAAAUUCCACUGUUGGAUGAAGAGUCCUAACUGCCCACAGUGUACCCUGCACUCCCCGAGUCUGUCCCUGCGCUACACUCACAGGGCGACACAGCCAUGGAGGGCAGACCAAAGCCACAGCAAUGCCUUCCCGGAUCAGGACCAUCGUCGGGGAGAAAGACCAGGAAUCUUGCUGCAUAAUUCCCACUUAUAAUCACCGAUCCAUUCAGAUUCACAUCACAAAACAUCCCACAAUACAGCCCCUUGAGCCUGUUUCAUCAUUUUAUAAGAUCAUGGCUGAUU